GGAUCAGAGACAUUAUCGCUUACACCGCAUCCGACCAACCACUGCGCAAUGCUCAAGGAAAUAACCUUCUCACACAAGCUCUGCCUGCUCGCGUCCCGCCGAGCACUAGUCGCUGUAAUUUUCCUGGCGCGGUUCCCACCGCUUGUUGGGCCCGUUACCUUGCAGGUGUCUAUCUUGGUCUCGUGCGAUGGGCAUAAUAACCCGUUGCGUCCCUGUAUACGACUAUGCAAUCACACUGCGAACAUAAUGUGCACCGACUGCAACACGACACGCCCCUGCUGCCAUCGUAUGCGACCUGCUGCUCGAAUUGGCGCGCUGGCCGGCGCAUCAAUAACAUGGGGUCGUAUUGAAACAGAGCCCCCCCUGGAACACGAAUAGCCAUGCUUAGGCGUCGCUGAAUACUGGGGACUUCGUUGUGGUUUUUAGGCUAUUCGCUUCUGGGGGCAAUGCUUGGGCCCAGCGCUAACAAGCGAAUCGGUGUCUCUCGAUCCAUGAGAUAGACAUAUUAUCAAAUGAUAUUCUGGGUCCAGAUGACAUCAACGGAGCGCCGUGUAUCAAGGAGUUCUGCACUGCAAGGCUGAACGGGCC